AUGUCUGCGGAGAUUUCAAACGCUCCUCAAUCUCAUGUUGAUCCAGAGAAACAGGUUCAGGAGACGGUCGUCCACCUCGAAGAUGCUUUGGCAACGCUUCAGAUUGAUCCGAAGGACGCCGAUGAGGCAUUCGACUUCUUGAGAAACCACCCGAAUGCCGAUGGCGUUACUCAGGAGGCCAUCUCCAUACUCGCCGACGACCACAAGGCCAAGAUGCUUCUGAGAAAGAUCGACUGGGCCAUCCUUCCGUGCAUGAUCGCAACAUAUUUCCUCCAGUUCCUUGACAAGACCACCAUCGGCUACACGGCCGUCAUGGGCCUUCGACAAGAUACCCAUCUCAAGGGUCAGGAUUAUUCCAACGUGGCUAUGAUAUUCUACGUAGGCUACUUGGCUGCAGAGUUCCCUACGCAGUAUCUAUCGCAACGGAUUUCGAGGCUGGGGAAAUACCUCGGGGCCAACAUCAUGUGCUGGGGUGCUGUGCUAGCUGCGCAUGCCGCCUGUCAGAAUUAUGCUGGUUUGAUGAUCUGUCGUACGAUCCUGGGUAUCUUUGAAGCCUGCGUCACACCGACGCUUGUGCUUGUUGUGGCCAUGUGGUACAAAAAGUCGGAGCAAGGGCGUAGGAUCUCCUAUGUCUACGUUUGCAACAGUCUGACUUCAAUCUUUGCCGGCCUGGUCUCUUACGGAGCCUCCUUCUCAAGCAAUGGGCAUCUUGCGAGCUGGCGAAUCUUUCUUCUCACCAUUGGACUAGCCACCGUUGCUAUUGGCUUCGUCGUUUUCCUGUACCUUCCGGAUUCCCCGGUCAAAGCCAAACGCUUCACAGAUGCUGAAAAGGUAGCAACGUUACUCCGGGUCAAAGACAACCAGUCUGGUACUCAGAAUUCCAAGAUCAAGACAGACCAGCUACGCUUGGUGUUCAAAGACCCGGGUGUCUGGCUGAUUGCCGUCAGCGUGCUAUGCCUGAGCGUGCCGACUGCGAUUCCCAACUUUUCCAGCAUCUUGCUGACGACAUUCGGCUACACUCCACGACAAGCGCUGAUUCUCAACAUCCCGGGGGGCGUUGUUGGUGCUGUCUCCACCAUUCUGGUUGGAUAUCUGAGUGACCGCUGGAACGAUCGAAGCCUGACCAUGAUCGUCAGUAUACUUCCAACCAUUGCGGCGUUUGCCAUGAUGAUCGGACUUGACCCUGGCGGCGUUCCCAAGAGCAAGGGAGCUCUCUUGUUUGCCCUGUACUUGGCCAACUCAUUCACGUCGGCCUUCAUGCUCCUGCUGGUCUGGAAUGCAUCCAACCUAGGUGGGCACACAAAGAAAGUCACGGUCAAUGCCAUGACGUUGGUGUUGUAUUGUGCCGGCAAUAUCGCCGGUACCGAAAGCUUCAGAGCCGCAGAGGCCCCCGGGUACAUCAGUGGCAAGGCAGCCAUCAUGAGCACGCUGUCCACGCAAGUCUUUGUCUGUCUGCUGCUCAGAUAUCGGAAUGAUCGGCUGAACAAGAAGAACCGUGAGAAACUCGCUUCGAUGGGCGAGGAUGAGAAAGAGACAUUGCGACAGCAACUGGCUUAUGCGGACAAGACUGAUCGAGAGAACCCGUUCUUCGUGUAUACUCAUUGA